ACAGGCUCGAUGUAGACCUUGGAAUGACUAGUGAGUCUCAUUCGUCUUUGAGAAACAGUUAGCAAGACCGUGCUGAUCAUGGAAUGAAGGUGCCAGGCAGGAUGAGAAGAACUGUCGAUUUGAAGGUUCUCCUGGUGCUAGCGGUUCUGGCCGAGUUGAGCCAUGGAGCCCACGGCGCCAGCAGCUACGGGAUGCUGGAUGGAUCCCUGGCCAUGGCACGGUUCCGUCGAUCUACGUCUGAUCAGCAAGCUGUCUUCCACAACCGAGUAAAAAGAGAGGCGAGAAAAAUUAAAGGUGAAAAGGGCCCUUGGGGAUUUCAUCCACUCUACAUAGGAGACGAAGAAGGUGACGAAGAUGAGGCUGAAGAAGAAGCGCCCGUGAAGAAGCAGGCGACCCCGACGACGACCACUACUACAACAACUACAAAGCCUCCUCGUCGCCGUGGUCGUGGCAGUGAUGAGGAAGAAGAGGAGGAACGACCGAGGAAGCAUUCGAGGAAGCAUCCGAAGAAGCGCCGACCAAGCAGCAGUGAAGAGAGUGACGAACGCCGCGGCGGUAGACGCCGGGGUUCACGCCGACGCGAUGAAUCAGAAGAGGACUCAUCUGAACGAAGGAGACGCAGACGCAAGAAGAAGAAGCCGAAGAGAGAGAGCGAGGAAGAGAGCUCCGAGAAACGUGGCUCUCAGGCGGCUCGCCCUGGUGGAGGUGCAACGGCUGGGAAAAUGUUCAAUCCCAAGAGCCAACCCGGAAUGAGCGUGACUGGUUUUCAUCCUCUAUAUAUUGGCAGCGAGCAGGGUGACGAGGACGAAGAGGAGGAAGAGACACCGAAAAAACGCGGCAACGGAGGCGGUGGCCGUAAGAGGGACGAAGAGGGCUCUGAAGAAGGCGGCCGGCGAAGACGUCCCGCUCGCCGGAGAAAGGGGUCGGAGGAAGAAGAUAGCGGAGAGAAGAGAGGACGCCGCAAGAAAGUUGGCGGCGGUUCCUCAGAAGAAGAGGAGGGCGCUAAAAAGAAAAAGCCUCGCGGAGGUGACAGAGGCGCUGGAGGAGGUGGCGGAGGUGGCGGCAUUAGAGGAGGAGGCGGAGCCGGCGGAGGCAACGGUGGAGGAGGAGGCGGCGGUGGAGGCCCGAAGGGUGGGGGUGGUCGUGGUCCACCUGCAGGCGCAGGCGGUGUCAAAGGAUAUGGAAGAGGGUUCGGCCGGGCCACGGCUUCUGCAGAGAAUGAUGACAAGAAUGACGAUGAUGACGACAUGGGCUUCUAAGCGAGAACAGCACAGCAACACAAUGAAAAGGAGAGGAACAGCAACAUUAUUACAAGGCAUAGUGGUCCACCACUUGACAAGCUUGCCACAUCAAUUGAUCGAGCCCUCAAGUUACGCAGUUAACAAUGUCAUUCGAUUAGGCCUCUACGGACGUAUGCAGUGGCUUCUGUCAAUAAAGAGAGAAAACCAUCGAA